AUGGAAGGCAUGAAGGAGCCCAAGCCGCAAUGCGGAGGAAACAAGGAGAAGGGCGAGUAUGACUUGCCACUGCACGUAGCUGCACUUUUCAUGGUUAUGGCCGCUUCCAUCUUUGGAUGUGGCUUCCCCGUCGUUGCCAAGAAGGUCAAGUGGCUGAAGAUCCCAGCCAAGGUCUUCUUCGCCUGCAAACACUUUGGUACUGGCGUCCUCAUCGCAACAGCAUUCGUCCAUCUCCUCCCGACUGCUUUCCAGAGUCUGAACAACCCAUGCCUUCCCGACUUGUUCACGGAACAGUACCCGCCGAUGCCUGGUGUUAUCAUGAUGGGCUCCAUGUUCGCCCUGUUUGUUGUUGAGAUGUGGAUCAACUCGAAAUUGGGAGGCCACUCGCACGGUGGCGUGAUGGGUUUCGAAGAACACGACUCCCACGGCCACGGCCACGGCCACGGCCCCGGCCCCGUGGUCGCCGCAGCACCUCCCCCGCGACCUCCCCGAUACAACGCAUCUAGCUUCGAGGCAGACGACAUUGAGUUUGAGAAGAGGAUGGCGCAGCAAAUGUAUGAGCAGGAUGCCAAGAUCAACCCCUUCGCCGAACCCGGUGCCCGCCGUCAGAACCCCAACGAGCCGCCUUACGGGAGUGACUCGGAGAUGCCCGCAUGGUUCGUCGUCUUUUACGAGCAGUAUGUCCGCCAGAGGUUGGAGAUGAUGAAUAUGAUCAGGGCAAACGAGGGCGCGCAGGGCCAGAACGCUCUUGCUGCUCCUAUGGGGCAGAAUGGUGCCAACAACGCGGUUGCGGCCAAGGAUUCUCCUUUCAUUGAUGAAGAGGGGCAGCAAGUCGACCCUGCCGUCUACCGCAAGAUGUCGCUCAACAUCACAAUGUUGGAGGGUGGUAUCCUGUUCCACUCCGUCUUCGUCGGUAUCACCAUCUCCCUGACCAUCGACGGCUUCAUUAUUCUGGUCAUCGCCAUCCUGUUCCAUCAGAUGUUCGAGGGUCUCGGUCUUGGCUCCCGUAUCGCUGCCGUGCCAUACCCCAAGAACAGCAUACGCCCUUGGCUCCUGAUUGUCGCCUUCGGCACUACUGCCCCCAUCGGCCAGGCCAUUGGUCUCGCUGUCCGCGAUUCGUACGACCCUGACAGCGCGAUGGGUCUGAUCACAGUGGGUGUCUUCAACGCCAUCUCAUCUGGUCUGCUCAUUUACGCCGCCCUUGUCGAUCUACUUGCAGAGGACUUCCUGUCGGAAGAGGCCCAGAAAACCCUGACCAAGAGCUUGAGGAUCCAGGCCUUCAGCUGGGUUCUACUUGGAGCCGCUGGCAUGUCGAUCGUUGGUGCCUUUGCUUAA